AUGGCAGCAAUUAAUGGUUGUGCUGAAUUAGAUGAUGCUAUUGUAAGCAAUCUACUUACAAUGUUAGAUCAUUGUAAUGUGUUGGUUCAAAGUUUUCGUAUGGUGAGAGACCGAGUCAAGGAAAAUGAGUUAUUGGCAGUACAAUUGAUCAUUAAAUCAUCACGCAGCGGUGAUGGAAGAUUGCAGAAUAUGCCAACUGUGUCAGAGAUAGCAGGAUUAAUUGUGGGAAACAUUGAUGAAACAAUAGCAGUGCGGGAUAUUAAAAGGGGAUUGCCACAUGCACAUAUCUUGCUAUGGUUGGAUCCUAAUAGUAAAUAUCCAGAUUCUGAUGCUAUUAAUAAGAUAAUCAGCGCUGAGAUUCCCGAUAGAGAAACAGAUCCAGUAGGAUAUGCAGCAGUUGGACAAUAUAUGAUGCACGGUCCAUGUGGCAUAUUUAAUACAAGCUCCCCAUGUAUGAGAAAGGGAAAUUGCUCAAAACACUUUCCAAAGAAGUAUGUCAAUGAGACUGUAAUUGAUGAGUCAGGUUUUGCUGUAUACCGACGAAGGAAUGAUAAUAAUAGAUGGGUAGAUAAAAAUGGUACAAAGUUGGACAAUGCUUAUGUCGGACCUGAUCAUGCUUCCAUAUCUCUACGGUCACAUAAAUCAAGUUCAAGCGGUUCAAAUAAUCAUGAAAAGACUGAUGAGAUACAAUAUUAUUUGGAUUAUCGAUACAUCUCAACUCUAGAAACAAUUUGGAGAAUCUACGGAUUUGAUAUACAUUACAGAAUUCUUGCUGUGGAGAGGCUCCCAUUUCACCUUCCUGAUCAACAGCCAAUGAUUUUCAAAGACUCAGAUGAUCUUAAUGAAAUUAUUGAUAAUAUUAAUGCAAAAAAAUCAAAAUUUAUUAGGUGUAUGGAAGCAAACAAGUUAUAUGAUGAAAGUAAAACACUCACAUGCUCAGAAUUUCCUUCACAUUUUGUUUGGUUAGCUGAUGAGAAACAACGAAAAAUCAGGGAAAAAGGUCGUAGUAUUGGCAGGGUUGUUUAUUCUCAUCCAACUUCAGGUGAGAGAUUUUAUCUCAGGUUGGAUCUAUUGAUGGAAGACUUGCAAGCUGGUCAAUAUUUUGGGAAUAGCAUUGCUG